CACUGCUGCUAUUUUUGCUGGUGUUGACGUCACCAAGGAGCCCAUUCCAGUUUUGCCUACUGUGCACUACAAUAUGGGUGGUAUCCCAACGAACUACCAUGGGGAGAGCUUGUGCAAACAGGGUAGCAGAUAUUUCUAAACCAGGUGAGAAGCAGAAACCUCUGGAAAAAGAUGCUGGAGAGAAGACCAUAGCCUGGUUGGACAAGCUGAGGAAUGCGAAUGGGUCAUUGCCAACUUCCAAGAUCCGUCUCAACAUGCAACGUGUUAUGCAAAAUAAUGUUGUUGUGUUCCGUACACAAGAAACACUUGAAGAAGGUAUUGCUCGUGCUCUUUGUGUAGUUCCUUUUACUACUAUUAUGAGCACUUGAAGAGCCUUAUCUUGC